GUCGCCUUUCUCAUCUCGUCUUCAACAACGACGAAACCCUAAUUUUGAUUAAGUUCGAUUUGGCAAAGCCGAAACUCGAAUUCGCACUCUCUCGAAAUUGAUCGAUUGAUCGCUCUGUUUCUAUUUUGAAAAUUUGUGUUUUCCUUCUCUUGAGUUCUCACGGUGCUGCUCGGGUUUUCUGAGGUUGAAAAGUUGAAAACCAUCCCGUUUUAUACGGAUAGUUCCAUCGCUCGAGUUCCAUCUCUUGCUAUUUGUCUUCGCUGCGUAUCUGCUUUAUCACCGGUUUCAGCUCAUCGCCGUCUUUCCAUUCACUGGUGUCUUUGCUCCGGCGUCGUCCUGCUGCUUUCGGUUCAUCGGGGUUAAGACUUGAUCGUGGAAGGACUGUGAACAUUAAGUUUUGAAUAUUCUCUCCAUCAAAGAGUUGCUCGGUGCACUGGCCGGAAAUGGAUCCUGGUCGAUUUGGUCGUCAGCAAGAAUGGGAUAAUAACAGUGUAAUUGCUCCGGAGGGUUAUGGUACUGAGCAUGAUCCAAAUAAUCGGUUUGGCGUAUCAUACGAUGAGGGAUAUCCCGACAAAAGGUUGUUGCGUGAUGAUGUUUACAAUUAUCCACCUGGACAUGAUACCCUGGGUCCUUUGCCUCAGUCUAGGAGGCAAAACUAUGAAGAAAAUUAUCCUCGUGAACUUCGUAGGCAAGACAAGCCUUACACUGAUACAAGCCAUGCUGCUGGUUAUUAUCAUGAUAUCGAAGUUGGGAGUCGUAAUGGAUACUACCGUGAUCAUGGACACGAAGGAUCGUCAAGAUAUGAUGGCCGUGAUGACUAUUCUUGCAGUGAUUAUAACUAUAGAUCUAGAAACUACCAUCAUAACAGAGAUGAUAGCCGUGAAAGAGAUUAUGAUUAUGCUCGCCGGAGUUAUGAUUCUGAUUAUGAAAGGGGCAGUGUGAGAGAUGGCAAUCGAAAGAGCCGAGACUCGCAGGAUAGAGAAUGGGACUCACGUGACAGAGAGUGGGAUUCACGUGAUAGAGAAUGGGACAAACGAUGUUACAGCCGUGAAAGAAGUCCACAUAAGAGAUAUGAGAAAUCUCGAUCUCGCUCUGCUGGACGUGAUGAGUUCUCAAGAUCAAGAUCUCCUAGAGGUCGGAGCCAUGGGCGGAGUUACCGGGAAGACAGCUACGAGGACGAUCACUGGCAUGAAAGUGAGAGGCGAAGAGAAUAUGAAGAUAGACAUAACCAGGAUCAUUUUUCUUCUACCCCAUCUGCCACUGUUGUUGUGAAGGGUCUCUCAACAAAAUCAACAGAAGAUGAUCUAUACCAGCUUCUGGCUGAAUGGGGUCCUCUGCAUGAUGUCCGUGUGAUUCGGGAGCAAAAUUCUGGGAUCUCUCGUGGAUUUGCAUUUAUUGAUUUCCCCACGGUGGAUGCUGCACGUACCAUGAUGGACAGAAUUGAGCAUGAUGGUAUAGUUAUGGAUGGAAGGAAGCUAAUUUUCCGUUAUAGUGAACCUAGGGCUGGUGUGCCCCGUAGGCAGGAAAGUGCUUCUAGGCGCAGUUAUGGUGGAAACAAAAGCAUGAUGGUUCCCACGGAUUGGAUGUGUACAAUCUGUGGCUGUAUCAAUUUUGCGCGGCGAACCUCCUGCUUUCAGUGUAGUGAACCCAAGACCAAGGAUUCUCCUUCAGCCGAUAUAGGUUUGUCAAACCCAGCAGGAAAACGAAGUUUGGAGACAGGUCCAACUCAUGUUUUAGUUGUACGUGGGUUGGAUGAAGAUGCUGAUGAGGAAAUGAUUCGGUGUGAAUUUUCCAAACAUGCUCCUAUCAAGGAUCUUCGACUUGUGAGAGACAAGUUCACUCAUGUUUGCCGGGGAUUUGCAUUUGUGCAUUUCUGCUCGGUUGAGGAUGCUACCAAGGCACUUGAAGCAACAAACGGAACAACUCUUGAAAAGCAUGGUAAAAUCCUUAGAGUUGCAUAUGCAAAGAACAUUCAUGGUUCUGGAACUGGUACAUCAGCACCCUCUCACUCCAGCAACCUCGCUGCUGCCGCAAUUGAAGCAGCAGCAUUUUCUCAACAGUAUGACGGUGUUGGAUGGGCUCCAAAGGAAUACAAUUUUGAUGAGAAACAAACUGGAGGGCAGGCCCAGGGCGUUGGGGAAAUUGAAGCCCAGAAAGGGGCUUCUGCUUCUGCUCCACAAUCCGGCUAUGUGUGGGAUGAAGCAUCUGGUUACUACUAUGAUGCUGCCUCUGGAUAUUACUAUGAUGGAAAUUCAGGUUUCUAUUAUGACAGUAAUAGUGGGCUUUGGUACUCGUAUGACCCUCAAACGCAGCAAUAUGUUCCUUGUCCUGAUCAGAACAAUGAGAGUAAAUUAACUGAAGAACAACCAGAGUCUGCCAAGAUGGAGAAAUCCACUCAACAAAAAGUUAUUAUCUCUGCGGCUGCUACCCCCAAUGUAGAAAAGGCUAUCUCCUUACCAGACGCGGUUCAGGCGGCUGCAGCAGCAGCAAUUGCAGCAGAGAAGAGAGAAAAAGAGAGAGUGAAGGAGAUAAAACUUGCGUCAAAGAGUAGCAUACUGGCUAGCAAGAAAAAAAUGAGUAAUGUUUUAACCAUGUGGAAGCAGCGGAGCCAUGAAACACAAACACAACGUCCCUCACUCGGUGACAGUCCACCUACGGUUCUGGCUGAAGCAAGGUCGUCUUUCUCAACUGUACAAUCCAAGGGCAAGCUGAAAUCUGAUGCAAUGAUUUCAAAGGAGAGAACUACCUCCAAUCAUGGAGUUGCUGCACUGACAACGACUCCAACUAUAGAAAGCUCGAGUAGCAGUGCAGCAGGAGGACCUUUGAUGGGAUCUUCUUUUCGAGAGACUCAGGGAGGAGCUUCUUCUUCAGCUAAUGUACAAGUGCCUCCAGUUUUGCCUUCUACUCCUUUGCCUUCAGUCCCGGUUUCGGUUUCUGGGAGUGGAAGAAGAAGGUUCUCUGAAACGCCAUCUGCAGUGUCUACUCACAGAGAACAGCCUCAGACAUCAUACCGCGACCGUGCUGCAGAAAGAAGAAACUUAUACGGUUCAUCAGCUUCAAGUGGAAAUGAUGUUAUUGAUACAAAUGAGGAUGUUGUGGGGUUGAGGAAAGGUGCAUCGGAUCCAACACCUUUUCCUCCUGGCGUGGGUGUACGUGGGAUUACCACAACCGAAGUCAAUAGUUUCGACGUAAUCACAGAAGAGAAAGCAAUAGACGAAAGUAAUGUGGGAAACAGAAUGUUGAGGAACAUGGGCUGGCACGAAGGAUCGGGAUUAGGGAAAGACGGGAGCGGAAUGAAAGAACCGGUGCAAGCACAAGGCGUUGAUAGGAGAGCAGGACUUGGGAGUCACCAGAAGAAACUUGAUGCUGAGUUUGAGGCUCAGCCUGGUGAUACCUACAGAACUAUUCUCCAUAAGAAAGCUCUUGCGAGGUUCCGUGACAUGUCUGACAAUAAUUGACUCUUGCGAUGUUUUUGUUCUUGUGUAAAGUGGAGUUGGAAUUUUCAAUGUUGUCUUGUGUCUAAACUUUUAACUGUGAAAGUGAGUUUGAUUCUUGCUCUCUAAAUUGUUAGUGAAAAGACAGUUUGAAAA